GACAAUGCUUUGAGCUAGCUAGCUAUUAGCUCGCUAAUUUGAUAGCAUGCAGCUGUCAGUGCAAUAUUUAGAAUAACAAUGGGGUCCCUAAGUCAAUGUACAGCUUUACAUUUUUUGCAUUCGGAAGUGAAUGAGGAUUUCGAAUGGGAUUCUGAUUAUCUUGACAAUGGCAAUAAUAAAAUGGCAAUUCAACAAGCGGACAAAUUGCUUAAGAAGCACAAAGAACUACAUUGUGCAAAGGUCCUCAAAGCUAUUGGACUGCAAAGAACUGGAAAGCAAGAUGAAGCUUUCACUCUAGCCCAAGAAGUAGCCACACUUGAGCCCACUGAUGAUAACUCACUUCAGGCGCUGACUAUCUUGUACAGGGAGAUGCAUAGACCUGAGUUGGUUACCAAGUUGUAUGAAGCUGCAGUAAAAAAGGUUCCUCUCAGUGAGGAGUAUCAUUCUCACCUCUUCAUGGCUUAUGCACGAGUUGGAGAGUACAAAAAGAUGCAACAGGCAGGAAUGGCCCUAUAUAAAAUUGUCCCUAAAAAUCCUUAUUACUUUUGGUCCGUCAUGAGUUUGGUUAUGCAGGCCAUAUCAGCUGAGGAUGAAAAGUUGGCGCUUACCAUGUUCUUGCCUCUUGCUGAACGCAUGGUGGAGAAAAUGGUCAAAGAAGAGAAGAUUGAAGCUGAAGCAGAGGUCCAGUUGUAUUUUAUGAUUCUGGAGCGUUUGGGAAAGUUUGAGGAGGCCCUUAAAGUUAUUAAAGGACCACUUGGAGAAAAACUGACCAGUGAAUUUCAGAGCCGAGAGAAUAAGUGUAUGAUGCUCUACCAGCGACUGCAACAUUGGCCUGAGUGCAAUGCCCUAGCACAUAAGCUGUUACUCAAAAACCCCGAUGAAUGGCAAUAUUAUGGCUUUUACUUCACUUCUCUUUUCCACAUAUUGGACCAGUCGUGGUGUCCACCUGAGGAAGGGGAACACUGCUCUGAGGGUCCGGUUCAUCACACUGUGACUGAAGUAGCGAGGUUUGUGGAGGAGAGAAUUGAAGGUGAGGAUGGAAAAGAGUCCCGUGCCUUGAGAGGCCCCUAUUUGGCUCGUCUAGAGCUACUUCACAGACUAAGAGAACGCGGCUCCUCGGAUGAAAGUUUAAUUGGUGAUCCGUUAGAAUUGAUGGUGCAGUUUUUUGCAAAGUUUGGGGACAAACCUUGUUGCAUCACAGAUUUGAAAAUAUAUCUACAUCUCUUAGCCCCUGAGCAACAUGUUCAGUUUAUUAAUUGCUUGAGUGAAGCUGUUCCAUUAGGGGAACCUGCAGAAGGGUACGCAUUUCCGGAGGAUACCAAAGCUCUUCAGAGGCAUCUGUGCCUUUGUCAGUUAAGUCGUGCACUCGGCCUGCAUCACUCUCUAGAUGUGGAUAGUAAACUGAAGCUCACCUUGGAGCUAAAAGCUCGUUAUCACCAUGGACUAAUAUUUGGGAACAAUGCUCUGAAAACAGAACUGCAGUUUUCUGAUAUGUAUUGUCUCAUGGCAGCUCAUGUCUACAUAGAUCUAUGGAUUGAGACUGGAGAUGAAAACAUGAUGUGGCACUGUUUGGGGCUUCUUCAUGAGGGCCUCUCUCACAGUUCCUCUAAUGCACAGUUCAAGUUACUGCUACUGCUUCUUUACUGCCGCUUGGGCGCUUUUGAACCUGUUGUAGACCUAUACUCCAGCCUGGAUGCCAAACACGUACAGCAUGACACAAUAGGGUAUCUUUUGACACGCUAUGCUGAGUCUUUGGGUCAGUUUGCUGCUGCUUCCCAGGCUUGUAACUUCUCCCUCAGGUUUUUCCACUCUAACCAGAAAGAUACCUCAGAAUAUAUUAUCCAGGCUUAUAAGUAUGGCGCUUUUGAGAAGAUCCCAGAGUUCAUUGCCCUCAGGAACAGGUUAAACCAAUCACUGCACUUUGCUCAAAUCCGUACAGAGAGGAUGUUGCUGGAUCUUAUCUUGGAGGCUGACAUUGUGUUAAGCCUGGAGGAGAGUGUGAAGGCCAUGUCUUUGACUGCAGAAGAAGACGAUAUCCCAUGGAACAGUUUAAGGGACAACCGAGACCUUACAGUAUUUACCUGUUGGGACCCUAAGGAUCAACAGUUAAGUGGGGAGAACCGGCACCAGUCGCUAGAGGAAGAGUCUGUUUGGCUGAAGAUACGCUCAUUAACUCUUCGCCUUAUAGGCUCCUUAGCAACCCUUGGACACGCACAGUCCUCAAAAAACUCUGCACUGACCAGUGAAAAUGGUAUUGGGGAUAAAACCUCAACAAUGAGUGCCCUGCUGUCUCGACUCAACCAGACACUACAAUCAGCAAUUCAGUUGGCUGAAAAAAACAUACAAUUUCCGCUGUUGGGACCACCCUCUACUCGACUGACUGCAGCUCUGUCUAGUGGAAGCUGUCAGUGCCAGUCAGCUGCUCUCCAGCUCGCUGUUAGUUUACAGCAGCUAGAGUCUGCUGGCCUUGAUGAAUCCACAGAGCUUCAAGCACAGAUUUGUAAUGGUUUCCAGUCUUUAACAGUUCAACUUCAAGAAAUGCUAAAUAAAUGUAAGGGGGAUUUAUUGGAAAUUAAAAUGAGCGUAUUAAAAACUAGACCACCUCUAUUAGAAAAUCUAGUUUUCUUUGUAGAGACCAUGAGUGUUGUGCUAUGGGUGGCAAGCUACUGUGCCAAGAUUCUUCGACCACUAAAGACAAGUCUACAGAAAAAGAAAAAGAAGAAAAAGGAUGUCGGCACUGCUCUGCCAGCAGUUGUUUGCGGAUUCCAGGAGUUAACAGGGAGCUUGCUGGAUUUGCUUACCCAGGCUACAGAGCAUGUUAGAGGACAAGAAUUAAACAUCACAUCCUUUAAACUUGCCAGUUUGAACUUAGAGGGAUACUCACAGGAGGAAGAAUCGUUUACAAAGUCUGCUAUGGACAAAGUACAAAGUAGUUACCUUCGUUCACUACAAGAAGUGGGGGAUUUACUCAAAAAGAGGGCAGAAACUGUAAAGAAUCUUAAGGUCUGAAAUUCAUCAUGAAUCACUGACUGUCCUAACUAUUUGAAAACCCUACAACAUCAUCUGCUGUCAGGCCAUAUGCUGUGUUGGUCAAACUAAAGUCUAUGCUGAUCCAUUUCCUAUUCUGCUUUUUCCUCCGGGGUCUGAGAAUUCACAAGCCAAAACAUUUUUCACUUCUACACAAUGAUGAACUGGGAAAAUACAACCAACAUGUUAAAACAAUUGUAAUUACCAUUACAGACUUUAUUAGUAGAGAAAUAUUGAUGUGACCCUAGGAUGUAAAUUUUAGGCAAAUUAAUCAUAUUAUUGUACCCUUGCACAAUUCAGCAGUAUACACUCAUGUUAUGUUUCAUGUCCCUCUAAUUUUUUGUGUCACUCCAAUAAAAUGUGUGGUUCACAUGAGGACAUUCUAUUUAAAUUUGGCUUACAGCUUUGCUGCUGCACUUCUUUUGUCCUUACAGACCUCAAUGCCGUAUGCGUGUCAAAAGAAUUGAAAUUUUGCUAUUCCUUCUAGUCUACUUCCCUAAUUUUUUGUGCAUUCUUUAGUCACUCAAUAUUUGAAAUCAAAAACUUAACUAAAAUACACAUGCCAUGCAUAUUAUCUUGCUCUAUUAAGAGAGUUAAGUUGAUGUGCUUUGAAAAAAAACAGUAAGACCACUCAUUAGGAUUUUGUGAUCAAUGGACUGAUCUGUAUCAUAUUAUGUAUGGUUAAAUGAAUGUGCAACUUUUUCACUCAAUUUAUGAUUAUUUUCUAAGCUGCAACCAUGAAAUCUGUGACUAUUGUAAUAUGUACAACCACUUCUAGAAGUCACAUUUUGACAUUGUUUGAAUAGCCAUAUGUAGAGAACACAAGUUAUUGCGGCGCUCAAAAUCAGUUGACACCAUUGAUUACACACAGAUCUCAAAGGGUAUACAGGCAAUUCUUCAUUAAGAGUAAAAUACCUGCUUGGUAAACUCUUUGUUAUGUAUCGGACCUGAUUGUAAAUAAAGCUGCAGAAGAUAAUGUUCACAGAAGCCUAGGUUUGAUUUCCAGUUGGAUAAUUAGUUUAUACAUUUUUUAAUACUUUUAUUCUUGUGCAAAGACAAACUCUGCAAAGUUUUAACCAAAGUAGUGGACUAAAGUCAUCAGCUUCUGUUUCAGAUAAUGUCCAAUUUUGUUUACUUGGAAAUGCAAGCAGUAAUGUUCUGUUGUUUUGAUAUAAACAAGAAGCACUGAUGGAUGACUACUGGCACAGUGGGGAUUGUGUUUUUACUAUUUUUGUUGUGCAAAUAUUUUUAUUGAAAAAUUGAGUGUAAUGUAAAAUGUGCUAAAUGGUGACCUUUUCCCCUCGUUUGCAUUGUGUAAAAAUACAAUCAUCCAUAUAAAUAAAGAAUUUUAAUAAAA